AUUUUUUCAUUGAAUUUUUUUGAGAGUCAUGCAUUUAUGAGAGGGAAAAUCAUUAACAAAUGCGCAAGAAUUAGUGAACGAGGCUGCGGACACGUCAAUAUGCAAUGUGCAGACGACAUACGCUUGGUUUUGGUUUAUCAAAUAUUUUGCCGAAAUGUUUGAAGUUUCCGAUUUUCAGAGUAGAGAUUGGCAUAGGCCUGACUGGCUUCGGUGCCUUCUUUUUAUUCCUGGGAAUCAUAUUCCUAUUCGAUAAAGGUCUUCUGGCAAUUGGAAAUAUCCUGUUCCUAGUUGGCCUGGCAUGCGUCAUCGGUUUGGAGCGUACUUUCCGAUUCUUCUUCCAGCAGCACAAACUCAAAGCGACAGGUUUCUUCAUCGGGGGUAUGGUCAUCGUACUGAUAGGAUGGCCACUAGUCGGAAUGCUUGUUGAAAUGUAUGGAUUUUUCUUAUUAUUCAGAGGUUUUUUCCCAGUUGUUGUCAAUUUCUUGCGGAGAGUCCCUGUCAUUAGCACCAUUUUAUCACUACCUGGCAUUAAUGGGUUCCUUAUGCGAUUUGAAGAAAGGAACCCAAUGGUUUAACCUGUUUUCUACUGUUCAAGAUCCUAUUAGUUUGGGAAAGUUUUGUUAACCCUAACCCCUUGAGUGAUCUACUAGGAUCCUUCCUCACUCUUGCAAAAUCCAACACCACAUGGUAAACUCAACACCCAAACUGUUGGACUCUGAUAAUGGUGGUACAUGUAUGCCUGACCCCAUGUAAAGCAUAGUCAGUGUGCAGUCCUCAGCAGUAUCAAACAAAAUGUGCAGUUGGAUUUUGAAGGGUUGGGGUGGUUAGGGUUACUAAAGUUUGGCUUGGUGAACAAGAGUUCAGUUGCCAGAGUUGUAAUGACUCGAGUCAAUGACUUGACUCGAGUCCGAGUCACAAUUUUUUGGUGACUCGACUCGACUCGAGUCCCUAAGGGU